GGCUGCGUCCCCAGAGCCGGGGCUGACCGAGUCACGCCGCAGAGUUGCGGCGGAGCAGGUAGAGGAGCUGCCCGUCCUGCCGCUGCUCCUGCCCGUCCUGCGCCCAUCGUGCCCCGGGGUAGGGCUGGGCGCAGGCCCUGGCGUGCUGCCUGCCGCUGCCCAACGCCCGGCUGCCUGACGCCCCUGAGCUGCAGGCAGGCUCCUCCCUGGCAGCUCUGGCGCUCGGGAGCAGCAGCGGCCCCGGAGGAUGGCCUCCUGCCCGUGCCUUUGAAGUUUCGCGCAAGGACGACCGCAGCGGGGACGCAUGGCUACGGCUAGCAAGGGCAGCAAGGCGAAGGGGGGGGGCGUGCGCUUCGCCCCCAGCCAGCCCGCCGAGGGGGCCCACGGCCACGUGCACUUCGACGAGAAGCUCCACGACUCGGUGGUGAUGGUGACGCAGGAGAAGGACGGCAACUUCCUCGUCAAGGUGGGAUUCCUGAAGAUCCUCCACAAGUACGAGAUCACGUUCGUCCUGCCGCCGGUGCAGAGGCUGGGCAAGGACGUCUGUGCCGUGCCCCUCCCCAACCUCAACCUCCGAGUCAUCAGCAUCACCCCCCUGCCCGAAGGCUACAGCGUGAAGUGCGAGUACACGGCGCACAAGGAGGGGGUCCUGAAGGAAGAGAUGGUCCUGGCCAGCGAGGCCGGUGAAGGCGCCUGUGUCAAGGUCGUGGUCCAAGCCCGUGUCAUGGACCGGCACCACGGCACGCCGAUGCUCCUGGACGGGGUGCGCUGCGUCGGCGCGGAGCUGGAGUACGACUCGGAGCAGAGCGACUGGCAUGGCUUCGACUAGCCCCCUGCCCCCGCCGCCCGCGUGGCUCCCGAGGACGAAGCUCAAAUUUAAAAAAGAAGAAACCAACCCCCUUCCCCCCCGCCCCAGGGGCUGUGGCUCUGCAGCCACCACGGAGUGUGUGGGGGGGGAGCUGCUGCGUCCCCCUCCCCAGCUGCUAUCGCCACCGCUGUGGGGUCGGGGGGUCCCCAAAGCGCAGGAGGGGGUCCCACAUGCCAGCGCAUCUCUGCCUGGCGCCUCGGGCAGGGAUCCCCUCGCUGCCCCCAGCCGCUGCUGCUUUCCCCUCGCUUUCCUCCCCGGGAGAGGCGGCAGUUGGGGGUGGCAGAGCCCCAGCCGAGCCCCCCCCCCCCCGGCCUCAAAUUUUGCCUCUUGGGCUUUGGAGCAGAGCAGGAGCCGGGGGCCAGGGCAGGAGCCGGGGGCGAGCCGGUGCCCGGGGUCCCUGUGGCUGUGCCCACCCCUCUCCUCCUGCCGCAGCCGUUGCCUUAGUCUCCUCCCGGUUUUCCUUUUUUUUUUUUUUUUUCUUCUUUUUGUUUUCCCGGUAAGACCAUGGUACAAGGACCAGGAGAAGUGGCUCAGUUUCGAAAGCAACAGGAGGCUUUAUGUGCCUAUAUAUAUAUAAAUAUAUAGAUAUAUAUACAUAUACA